UGUAACCGUGAUCUCAGCGGAGUAGACGCCGACUCGGCAGGAAACUGUGGCUGCGACUGUAUGGUGCAAUAUAAUUUUACAUUUUUUAAGUCUUUCUUGGGACCGGCUUUAUGAUUAAGCUACAAUCUUCAAUGAGUAAGCAUAUUCCACAGUUCUGUGGUGUUUUGGGUCACACAUUUAUGGAGUUUCUGAAGGGCAGUGGAGACUACUGCCAGGCCCAGCACGGCGUGUAUGCAGACGAGUGAAGUGCCGGCCCACCCAAGCUACCUCAAGAAAGAAGCUUGCACAGAGACUUGAACGUUGGCGGGAUCUCGUGACUCAAAGAGUGAGUGUCCACACCAGCAGAGCAAGCCUGGAUGGGGUAAAUCUCCCAAAGUGCACUGCCCUAGCCGGCCUUCGCCUCCUCGCUCCCAAGAGGACUUGCCUUGUUUUGAAGGAUUUUUUUUCUCCCUUGUUCCUUCUCUCUCCCUCUUUAGUUCUUAACUUUUGCCCCAACCUUCACAUUGUGUUGGUUGUUUUCCUUUUAUCCCCUUCACUCAAGUACCAGUUUUUACGGUUACACAUUUUUGGUGGUGUGUCGUGAGGACAUAGCCCUGGAGUUUGUCACCUCCCAAUUGUGUCAGCCCAUCUGUCAGCACUCAGCCUCUUUUAAUUCAGUUGCCAUGGCUCGUAUGAACAGGCCUGCCCCGGUGGAAAUCACCUACAAAAAUAUGAGGUUUCUCAUCACCCACAACCCCACCAAUGCCACUUUAAAUAAAUUCAUUGAGGAACUCAAAAAAUAUGGAGUCACUACCGUAGUGAGAGUUUGUGAAGCCACAUAUGACGCUGCGCUGGUGAUGAAGGAGGGAAUUCAGGUUCUGGAUUGGCCUUUUGAUGACGGAGCUCCUCCCUCAAACCAAAUUGUAGAUGAUUGGCUCAACCUCUUGAAGCUCAAGUUUAAGGAGGAGCCAGGCUGCUGCGUUGCUGUCCAUUGUGUCGCCGGCCUUGGAAGAGCUCCUGUCCUCGUGGCGCUUGCUUUGAUUGAGUGUGGGAUGAAGUAUGAAGAUGCUGUUCAGUUCAUUCGACAGAAGCGUCGAGGAGCGUUCAACAGCAAGCAGCUCUUCUACCUUGAGAAAUAUCGUCCAAAGAUGCGCCUGCGCUUCAAAGAUUCCAAUGGUCAUCGUAACAACUGCUGCAUUCAGUAGGCCUGAGUGGAGUCCCAGGUCACUACCUCCCCUCAAGAGUUUAGCCAGUUGUCAUCUAAGCUUAAAUCAUGCCCUAUGUACUUCCACACAACCGAAACCAUGCCCAAUAACUCUAAAUUCUCCCGUUUUUAACUUUAUCCAGUGUAGCAUCUUGGAAUGUUGUGUCGACAUGUGAGUGUUUUCUUGUAUGUGAUUGCUGACAUUGAGGGGGGGUGCUGCUACCUGAGUUUUAUUAUAAUGUGAAUUUUGCCAUCAGAGAAAUUUGGCCAGCUAUUGCAAAGUCACCCUUUGCUAAACCAAUUUUACCCUGUACGGUUGUCAAAAUGUCUAAAUAUGACCUUUUAAUCAUGUAUCCUUUUUUAUGCUAUGUUGUUCUAUGAGUUUAGAAACAUUAUCAUGUCUGCCUUCAAACUGAUUACAUUUAAAUGCCUUAUGAUUGAAAUGAAAACAAGGCAAUCUUAAGGAGGGUUGGUCCACUGCAUUUGGAAAGGUAUUUCAUUUUCUAUUUGGAAGAGAUGUCAGCAAUGUACACUGCAGGAAGAUUAGAAAAUAAAUCCUUCCAUAGCUAUUUUAAUAUACAUUGCUUAUUUGUAGCGAAAAUGUUUAUUGAAGGCUUGGAUAGUUUCUUUUUUUUUCCUCAUUGUUUUUUUCUUUGUCAUCCAGACAUUGUUUACUAAUUACUGCCAUGUCAGAAAUGUGAUCUUUUUUUUUUUUUUUGUGUUUAAGCUUCAGAACUGGACUGAAAUGUCUGCGAUAUUUUGUAUGCUUUUUUUAUUUGAUGUGCGUAACUUAAUUCUUGGAUACUUGAUUUAUGUAUUUGAAAUGUGUAUUAUUAGAUGGGCUAUUUAUACUUAUCAAUGGAUGUGUUUUAGUAUAGUGAAAGGCAAAUUGUAUCUGUUCACCAACUUGUGAAAGUACAUUAAAAUAAUACACUGAAAAAGAUA